AUGGAGAACUACCUGCAAAAAACAGGGGAAUUGAAGGAGAAACCUAGUGAUUCUGAGACAAAAAUGGCAGAAUUGGUUCAUAUCAGAGAAGAAUUGUAUAGAGCUAAAGACAAUGCUAUGCAAUCAUGGUUAGAUUCCAAGCCUCUCAUCGACGAGCUUGAGAAACAACAAGCAAAUCUUGCGAGUGCUAGAAACAGAACGUCUAUGUCAAAUAUUAUAAUCUCAGAGCUCCAAUCUCAGCUUGAAGCUAUCAGUGUUGAAAUCAGAACAAAAAUGGAGGAAGAAACAAAGUACAAGAAGAUGAUCAAUGAAAUGAACCAGGCCCUGGAAGCAAAGCAGGAGGAAUCAGAACUCAACAAGAAGGAUGCAGAUGAAGAGAAUCAAACAAAAUUGAAGCUGAAACAAGUCCUGAGGUUUAGAAGGCAGAGUCUGAAAACAUUACAGCUGACGAUGAGAGCCAUCAGAAUAGAAUCUGAAGCAUUUGAAGCAUCUGCAGCAGAGGCAUUAGCAGACAUCAAGAGUUUAGAAACAGAGGAGACCGUCGUUCGAAUGAGUGAAGAAGAGUAUUAUGACUUAACAAGAAGAGCCAAAGAAGAAACAGCAGUAGCAGAAUGGAGGAUUACGGUUUCUAUGGAGAAGAAACAUGAAGCUGAAGAAAGCAGAAACUUUGCAUUAUCAAGACUGAAAGAACUAAAAAGAAAGAAAAGCAAAAAAGAGGAAAAGAUUAUAAAUGAAGAAGUAGUUGAAGAAGAGCGAUCUCCAGUUAAAGUCGUGAAUAGGGGAACCGUUUUUCCUAAAGCUCGAGCUCAAGCAAUGGCUAAAUCUAACAGGAGGAAGUCACAAGAACAUAAGGGAAAAUCACCAAGAAAAAGCAAGAAAAAGAAAAAAUCCAUUUUAAAUCGAAUAAGGAGGUUUCUUGUUCGAAGUUUUGCAAGAUUGCUUCGAUAA